CGACCACCCUGUUCGGCUGCGUACAAAGACGUAUGCAUGCAGUGACGAGCAAAAAUGUAUACAGUUCUGUGAAUAACGUUAAAAAAUCUUAAAUAAAACCUUAAACAACAAUACGUCGUUCAUUUUGUAUAAAUUACUUUUAUUUCGAAUACUCAUGUGUUUCAUGAUUGUGUCUAAUAUAUGAAUGAAUAUAAAAAUUAUCUUUAAAAGUUAUCUUUCGAACAAGUUACAAAACAAAAUAAAAAGAAAAUAUUUAAUAGAAGAUUUUUCGAAUGAGUUUAGGAAAAGAUAAUGCUUGACAGUGAUAUUAGUGUAAUUAAUUAAAUAGGAUGAAUAUCAAUAAAAAUUACAUCAAGAACAGAAUUAGUUUAAACUGGUAGUGUUUGUGAGAAAAGAACAAUUUAUAUAAUAGCAUUUACGAUGUUACAUUUCGUACAAAAUAUAUCCAUACAGAAUAACGGAAUUACCCUCCAGUUUAUCGAUUCUAUGAGACAGACUGAUACAAAAAAAGGACAGGAACCGAUGGGUGCGCAGUAUGGACCACCCUUACCGUGAACGUGACGUGUAACUUUAUAUGAUAUGCAAAUCUAAGACUGUUGGAAUCGACAACAGUCAUUCAAGAAAAAUGAAGAAGAGAUUGCUCCUUUGCUUUUUCUGCGCUGUCAUAUUCUUCAUCUUGAUGAUUUCUACUGACAACGAUUUUAUUCAACAACAUGUUUCACCAUUGAUGAGCAUCGUUGUCUGGGAUGAUAUUUCGUGUUACAAUCAACCAAACAUGCCAGACAGUCUUUUGGAUUUUGAUCCUAAAAUAGAUAAACCAAAAACGGAUAGGAAUAUCUUCUUCCACGAGACAUCUUGUUUUGAUGAAAAUGGUUUGAUGUUAAACGCUCGCCAAGCAUGCGCCGUCGAAUCUGCCGCAAAAAUGAAUCCAAAUAUGAACGUGUAUCUAUUAUUUGUUUCUCCUUCGAAAAUUUCCAUAGAGUCCAAAGAAAUGUUUAAACAGUUACAAACUUAUCCAAACAUUCAUAUCAGAUAUAUCAAACCCGAAAAUUAUGUGAAGGAUACACCUUUAGAUCUGUGGUACAAAAGUGAUAUACUGAAGAGAAGUCGAUGGCCAAGAAAUCAUAUGUCUGAUAUUCUAAGAUAUCUGACACUUUGGAAAUACGGAGGAAUAUAUUUGGAUCUGGAUGUUGUUGUUAUCACAUCUAUUGAACAUUUAACAAAUUUCGCUGGUGCUGAAGAUUGGAAGUAUGUAGCUGCAGGUGUAAUAGGAUUUGAUUUUUCAACGCUAGGUCGGAGAAUGGCUGAUGCUUGUAUUCGCGACAUACGAGCAAAUUUUCGAGGUGAUAUCUGGGGUAAUAAUGGUCCUGGUGUAAUUACUAGAACAUUACAAAAAUUUUGUUCAACAAAAAAUAUUCAGGACAUGUCCACGAGUCGAUGUCAAGGUUUUAAAGUUUUUCCUCCUUCGGCUUUUUAUCCAAUCCAUUAUGACAAUUGGAAAGUAUACUUUCAGACAAAGAACAAAAAUGCAACGAUGAAAAUGUUAGAAAAAGCGAUGGCAAUUCAUGUAUGGAACAAAUUAAGCAGUGCUGAAAAGGUGGACGUAAAUAGUGAUGUACCGUAUGUGAAUAUCGCGAGAAAACAUUGUCCAAAGAUUUUUAACAAUUGCGGGAAAAUAUUUUAAAGAAUUAUUAUAUUUAGUGAAUUUAAAAUUAAAAAAACGUGGAAUAAGAAAACACAAUCAUAUCAUCUUUUGCAUUACUCAAUGCAUAUCUUUUUUACGAUGAUAAACUAUGCUUUCUACAAUAUUUUAGGAAAUUUUUUUUAAUGAUAUAGAUUAAUUUAUUUAAAUAUCCAAUACAUAUGCUUGUAUUUUUCUAUACACAAUGUUAAUAAAUAAAAGUUGAAUACGUGUAUUGGAUAUAAAAUUUAUUGAAGAACGAUUAUGACAAUAUCGAAGACCAAAUUUAGUGGAAAAAAAAAAAAAGAAAUGAAAACAAAUAUGUACAAUAUAUGUAUAUACGUUAUGUAUUUAUAAUAUAAAUGUAAGAUAGAUAUAUGAUAUAGAUAUAGUUUUUAAACUGAGGACUUCGUCAAAAUAUUCAUUGUUAAUGCAAUUAUAAUGUUAUUUGCAAAUUACAAAAAAUUGUUGAGAAUGUAUAAAAUUUAAAGAAAUUUUAUCAAGUAUUAUAUCUAUUUAAAAUCAUGUUGCAUAUAAAGAAACUAUGAAGUUUGCAGUAUAUACAUUUAUUCAUAAAUAUUUGGAUAUUUCAUUGAAUUAUCAAUCCUUGAACUCUUCGUCAAAUAAUUUGUAAGAUUAUUUUAAAGAUUGAACCUUCUAUUUAUAUUCAGAAAUUAAAUUGUCUUGAAAACCAUUUCAUAGUGAGCGAGUAAAAAAGUGAAAAUAAUUUUUCUAAGAAAAUUGAAAAAAUUUAAAUGUUAGUUAGUAAAUGUUAAAAAAAUUUGUAUGCAAUUAAAACCACUAUGAAUUUAAAACUAAAAAUUUUCUUUACAACUUUUCUUAAAAAAUAUUAGUAAACUAUUUUUUCUCGUCAUAUUAUUCUAUGUUGAAUAAUAUGCUAAAUUCUUUGCUAGUAUUGAAUUAUAUUUCAUUAUUUGCUUAUUUAUUUGCUUAUUUAUUUGCUUAUUAUAAUAACAAGCUUUUUAUUCAAAAUGGAUAGUUAAUAACUUAGGAAUAUAAAAAAAGAGUUCAACUUUAAAAUUAUUCUAUGAAGAUUUUUUUUUAUGAUUAUUAUCUUUUACGUAUAUGUAUGUUAUAUCAGUUCAAAGAUAAGAAUUAGGUGAAGAAUCCAAUACAAAUGAGAGUAUACUCUUUACAGUAAUAAUCAAAGUGUAUAAACUUUGAAAUUAUAAGAUUUAUUAAUAAUUUUAUUUUCAAUUUUAUUCAUUUAAGUUUUAACACAAUAAUAUAUACUAUUUUAUUAUAUUGUAUGAAAUAUCUGAAUUCAUAAAUAUUUAAAAUUUAUGAUUGUACAUUCGAAUUUAUUAUUUGCACAUCAACUUCAUGUUUGAACCUAAUUAAAUAAUACAAAUAAUAUUUUAUCUAUUGAUUUAUUAUGAAAAAGAAAUUACAUAUUAUAAUGAAUUAUAGUUCAAUGUUAAAUUCAAAUUUAACAUAAUUUAAAAUCAAUAAUUCAAUUAUUUGUAAUUGCUUUAAUAGAUCCUUGUGAAAAAAUUAUAUUAGAAAUGAAGAAAUAAAUAAUUUGUGAAAAAUUUAAAUUGGCAAACAUAGAUAUAAAGAAAGAUAUAAAGAAUUAAUUAAUAACAAUCAAUUAAUAAAUAUUAAUUAUAGUCAUAACUUAAGUAUAAUUUUAACUUUAUUUUUCAAUGAAUAAAAUGUAGUGAAUUUAUUUAAUCAAUUCUGUUUAAUAUUAUUUUUAAUAAAAAAAUAAUUUUUAAGUUUUUAAGAAUUCGAUCAUAUCAUUUGCAAUAAUUUAAUAAAUUCAUCAGAUUGCUCAGGUUUAAUCAAUAUUAGAUAAUAAUCAUAUUAGAUAGGAAAGUAUAUCAUUUUUACUACUUCUACACUAUCAUAUAUUUUUUUGUAACAAAAGAAAUUUCAUUUUCAAAUUUCAAUAUUUAUUUAUCAUAACUUUUAAGUAUUAAUGUUUCCAAUCUAUUGUUCAUUCAUCUCAUUUUAUCAAAAUAACCUAUAUAUUUCUAUAUAUUUGAACAAUAUUUUUUGUGACAUGAACUAAAUAUUUUAUUAACGAUAUAACAAGCAGAAAACAAAUGAAAAAUUAGCAAAAAUUUAUUUAAAAGUCGAAUUUUAAAAAAAAAUACAAGCAUAUGUUUAUUGAUAAUAAUAAAACAAUAUAUAUUAUGUAAUAAGAAAUGAAAAUAAAAAAAAGAAUGUUCGUAAUAAUAUAUAAACAAAUUUAACGUAUCAAAAAGAAUUUAUAUUAAACAAAUAAAUAAUUGAAUAUGUCAUGUUGACUGCCUUGUAAAUUCUUUAAUUUUAAAUCAAAUUUCAAGAUAAUUUUUAAUAAAAAUAUUAAUUAAAAUAAAAUAUUGUAAACAAAAAUGUGUAGCAAUUAUGAAAAAAAAUAAUAUUACUUGGAUAUAUAUAAUUGAUUUUCUAAUAGAAACAUUAACGGCGUUAAAAUAGUUGAAGAAAAAUGAAUUAUUUUUUUAAAUUGUUUUCAAAAUACACAAUAAAAAUAUAUAAGAUUUAAUUACUUACUUAUUACUUAGUAAGUUAAAUAUAAGAAUGAGGUGUUCGUGUUCCUAAUUUAUGAAAUAUUAUUAUGCAAAUAUAAAAAUCUUAUGUACUGUUUUUGAAAAUUUUAUGUGUUUUAUAUGUAUGUAUAUUUAUUAUUAUUUGCACAUUGCGGUUAUAUUUUCUGAAAAAGAAAAUAAUAAAUUUUUAAAACAAAUUCAUAUAAUUUUUAUUAAUUGAUUUAAUGAUGUUGUUAAUAAAAAAUUAACAAUGUUUCUCAAUUUGAAAUAAGCUUCAUAAGAGGAUAAUUUAAUUAAUUUAAUAAUGUAAUAAUAUUAUAUGAAAAGAUUAUUCAAACUUAAAUACUAUCUUUAGAUAUUUAUUAAUAUUUUGAAACAUGAAAAAAGUAAAAAAUUUAUAAUUUUCUCCUCAUCGUUUUUGUUAGUAAAAAUAAAUAAUUCUAGAUUCUUAGCAUAUAGAUCUUUUUAAUUUUAUUUUAAAAUUAAAAGUUAUUUAAUUUCAAAUAUUUUAAUACGAAUAUAUUUAUCAUCGGUCAUCAUGAAUGCAACAAAACAUGGUGGUUACAAUGUACAUAUGUGUACAUAUGUGUCAUAAUGUGUCAAUUCAUACUCAAUUUUAAAUCUUCUAUUAAAUGAACUUAUUACAUUUCUAUAGAAAUAAAGUUCUAAGUUUAAAAAUAUUAUAGAAAUACUUCUGUAAAAAUAAAAAAUUUGCGAUAUUUUUAUGAUGAUAAUAAGUAAGUAUAAAUAUCUAUGUCUUUAUAUCUUUAUAUUUGUAAAAAUAUUUCUUUUCCUAAUCAUAUUUUUGAAAAUUAUCAUAAAAUUAAUAUUUUUUCGACUAUUGAACGCGAGUACUUAUUAUUUGCGAAAUUUAUAAAUAAAAAUUUGUUAAGUCUA